GGAUCGUAAGUAUCCGAGGCGAAGAGAGCUCACUGCGCCCCGCUUUUUGACUGCCUUUGCUCCGGGAAAGUGUGGAUUGGGAGUGUCCGCUGGGGCCGUAACUUUCUGUGCUGCAAGUCAUUCUGCAGAAGCCACCAUUUGCUUUUCUGCUCGCUAGCUCUCUGCAUUGUCCGGCAGCGGCAUCUAGAGGUUGGAACUUGGCAUUGCAGCUAAUAUAUUUAAAUGGACCUAACUGAAUAAGCCAGUUGCUGUCAGUAACAACGUAUUAAGUCACAGCAUAUUUAAAAAGACUUGGUGCUUAAUUUAAAAUUAAGAAAAUAGAUGCUUAGCUGCUGUAAUACUUAAAUAUUUCAAUUUAUAAUAAACUGGUCCUUCUAACUGUUGCAAUAACUGGAACUUUUUAGUGCAACAAGUGGCUAUUAGAGAAGUGAGUCACAAAGAAAGAAAGAUGAGUAAGAGCAAAGAUGAUGCUCCUCACGAACUAGAGAGCCAGUUCAUCCUACGUCUACCUCCGGAAUACGCCUCUACUGUGAGGCGGGCAGUACAGUCUGGCCAUGUCAAUCUGAAGGACAGACUGACAAUAGAGUUACACCCAGAUGGGCGCCAUGGAAUUGUCAGAGUGGACCGGGUCCCACUGGCCUCAAAAUUGGUAGAUCUGCCUUGUGUUAUGGAAAGUUUGAAAACCAUUGAUAAAAAAACCUUUUACAAGACAGCUGAUAUCUGUCAGAUGCUUGUAUCCACAGUUGAUGGUGAUCUCUAUCCUCCAGUGGAGGAACCAGUUGCAGCUGCUGCAACUCCUGCAGGUGCUGCUGCUGCUGCUGCUGCUGACCCCAAAGCAAGCAAAAAGAAGGAUAAGGACAAAGAGAAAAAGUUUAUAUGGAACCAUGGAAUCACUCUGCCUCUAAAAAAUGUCAGGAAGAGAAGGUUCCGGAAGACAGCAAAGAAGAAGUAUAUUGAAUCUCCAGAUGUGGAAAAAGAGGUGAAGCGUUUGCUGAGUACAGAUGCUGAAGCUGUCAGCACUCGUUGGGAAAUAAUUGCUGAAGAUGAAACAAAAGAAACAGAAAAUCAAAGCCUUGAUAUCUCUUCUCCAGGAAUGUCAGGCCACAGGCAAGGCCAUGACUCAUUAGAACAUGAUGAGCUUCGGGAGAUUUUCAAUGACCUCAGCAGCAGCAGUGAAGAUGAAGAUGAGACACAGCAUCAAGAUGAGGAAGAUAUAAACAUCAUCGACACUGAAGAAGAUCUGGAAAGACAGCUACAGGACAAGCUAAAUACAUCAGAUGAACAGCACCAAGAAAAUGAGGGGACCAACCAGCUGGUUAUGGGAAUUCAGAAACAGAUUGAUAACAUAAAAGGCAAGCUCCAAGAGACCCAGGAUCGGGCAAAACGGCAGGAAGACCUCAUCAUGAAAGUGGAAAACCUGGCCCUCAAGAACAGAUUUCAGGCUGUGCUGGAUGAACUCAAACAAAAGGAAGACCGAGAAAAGGAGCAGCUCAGCUCUUUGCAAGAAGAGCUAGAAUCACUCCUAGAAAAGUAAGAGGAGUUUGUUACUUAAUAUCAUCCUGUAGAGUGGUCAACAUUGGGAGAAAAAUUUUGGCUUCAUCACCUGGACUAAAUAUAACUUUUUAGUAAUUCCCAAUUCCUCUGCUGCCUUCUAUUGAAUUUGUCUUACUGACAACUAUAAAUGUGAAUUUCUAUUUCACUUGUCUCUCAGAACUUGGCUAGGUGUUUAUCCUGUAGAAAGGAGUAAUGUAUGACAGAUAAAUGUAGAAAAGUUGUAAGAUUAGUGGAACUAACAGUUCAACUUUAGUAAUCACAACUUUACUGCUGGACUUUGCUGUUUCUCCAUUUGCCACAAGCUGCUAUUGCUAGUUUGUGAGUUUGUGAAGCCAUCUAGGAUCAAGAAGAGUAGUCUAGAGGUAGUGAAGCUAAUUUGCAUAUGUUUUCCCACACGGUAGUUAUUUUUCUAUAUGUAGAAUUGCAAAUCAUUUUAUAAAGUUUAACAAUAAAUAAAAACUAGUUUUCACCUCA